CGCCAAGCAAGCCGGUGUCUCGAGACGCCCGCGCGCUGGUGCAGGCGCUCCCGUCCCUUCCACUUUCCCCUACUCCGCGAGUUGGUUUGUUCCUCCUCGUUCCCCUCACCCCCGGCUCCCCGCUGUGGUCGGGUCUGGCCCGACCCGGCGGCUGAACGGAGAACUCGCUCGCGCUCAGGGACUCGCUGCCCAUUGAAGCGCCGGCUCGAGAGGAGGGGGGAGAGUGGCUCCCCGGCCCGGGCAGCACCAUGAGUGAACAGAGUAUCUGCCAAGCACGAGCUGCAGUUAUGGUCUACGAUGAUACCAAUAAGAAAUGGGUACCAGCUGGUGGAUCGACUGGAUUCAGUAGAGUUCAUAUAUAUCAUCACACAGGAAACAAUACAUUUAGAGUAGUGGGCAGGAAGAUUCAAGAUCAUCAGGUGGUAAUAAAUUGUGCCAUUCCAAAAGGAUUGAAGUACAAUCAAGCUACACAGACCUUCCACCAGUGGCGUGAUGCUAGACAGGUGUAUGGUCUUAACUUUGGCAGUAAAGAAGAUGCCAAUGUCUUCGCAAGUGCCAUGAUGCAUGCCUUAGAAGUGUUGAAUUCACAGGAAACUGGUCCAACAUUGCCUCGACAGAAUUCACAACUCCCCCCCCAAGUGCAAAAUGGCCCAUCGCAUGAAGAGUUGGAAAUCCAGAGAAGACAGUUGCAAGAGCAGCAACGGCAGAAGGAGCUUGAACGGGAGAGACUGGAUCGUGAGAGAAUGGAACGGGAGAGGCUGGAGAGAGAGAGACUAGAAAGGGAAAGACUUGAGAGAGAGCGACUAGAACAGGAGCAGUUGGAGAGAGAGCGGCAAGAAAGGGAACGGCAGGAACGCCUUGAAAGGGAGAGACAGGAAAGAGAGAGGCAAGAUCGAGAGAGACUUGAACGGGAAAGACAAGAAAGAGAACGGCAGGAACAAUUAGAAAGGGAACAACUGGAGUGGGAGAGAGAGAGAAGAAUUUCAAAUGCUGCUUCAUCUUUCGACAACUCCCUGUAUAGCACACCACUUCCUGAAUACUCCAGUUGCCAGCCUCCUUCAGCACCUCCUCCAUCAUAUGCAAAAGCAAUAUCAGCACCAGGGUCAGAUUCCACUCCGGAUUACGCUAUAGUGACUACUGCACCACCGACUUCCACUCCCCCUACACCGCCACUAAGGCAUUCCGCAUCACGUUUUGCUACAUCUUUAGGCUCCGCCUUCCACCCUGUUCUUCCCCAUUAUGCUACAGUUCCUCGUCCUCUGAACAAAAAUUCUCGACCACCUUCUCCUGUGAAUGCCCCAACUUCUUUACCUCCAAAUACAAAGUCCAUUGUCUGGUCUGCUCCCAGUUUUGCACCACUUCCCCCAUCUCCUCCAGUAAUGAUCAGCAGCCCACCAGGCAAAGCUACUGGUCCAAGACCUGUCCUGCCAAUUUCUGCUUCUAGUUCUGUGUCCCAAAUGCCCCAGUCUCCUACUCCUCCCAAUGGGCUUCCUGAGUCUGUAACUUACCCAGUUCCUUCACCUUCUACCUCAGGUCAAACGCCGCCACCACUGCCUUCCUUUCCACCUAUCUCACUCUCUGGACCUCAAACUUCGCCUUCUCCUAGCUCCCCUAAUGCCUCAACUCCCUCAUCCAAGCCUAGUGUUCUCCCUUCUCCCUCUGCAGCUACCCCUGCCUCUGUUGAGAACCCUCUAAACUCUGUGCUGGGAGACUCCUCUGCUUCUGAGCCAGUCUUGCAGGCAGCCUCUCAGCUGAUUGAACCUCCGACUCAGCAGGGUGUCAUCCAAGGACCACCUGCACCUCCACCCCCACCUCCACUACCACCUGGCCCAGCCCAGUCUUCAGCAGCAAUCCCACCUCCCCCAGGUCCUCCACCACCACCUCCACUUCCACCCUCAGGGCCACCGCCACCGCCGCCUCUUCCUAGCCAAGUUCUUCCUCCUGUUCCUCCUCCACCUCCUGCCCCUCCUCUCCCUACCUCUGGAUUUUCUAUGGGAUCUAUGUCUGAAGACAGUCGCCCUUUAACUGGACUAGCAGCUGCACUCGCUGGAGCCAAACUUAGGAAAGUGUCACGGAGUGAAGAGUCCUCUAGUUCAAGUGGAGGAGCUUUAUCUAAAACAGACAGUGUUCGUGGAAAUGGACCACUUCCCUUGGGAGGCAGUGGAUUAAUGGAAGAAAUGAGCGCUCUGCUGGCCAGGAGGAGAAGAAUUGCUGAAAAGGGAUCAACAGAACCAGAGCAGAAAGAGGAUAAAACUGAAGAAUCAGAGCCUUCAACUUCCAAGCCUUCUUCAACAAGCACACCUGAACUAACAAGGAAACCUUGGGAAAGAACAAACACAGUGAAUGGAAGCAAGUCACCUGUUAUCUCCAGAAUAACUCAGCAAGGAGACUCAACAGGGAGACGGGAGUCUCCAUGGAAAAAUCUGAUUGUUUCUGAAAACAGGUCCUAUGAUUCAUUAAACAGACCAAAAUCUACACCAUCUGGGCAAACCAGUGCCAAUGGAGUGCAGUCAGAAGGGCUAGACUAUGACAGAUUGAAGCAGGAUAUUUUAGAUGAAAUGAGAAAGGAAUUAACAAAAUUAAAGGAAGAACUCAUUGAUGCAAUCAGGCAAGAACUGAGCAAGUCAAAUACUGCAUAGAAAGACUAGGACUAAGCCAAUGUGACUCUUUCACUUGGUAUAAAGUCGACUACAUUUUGUGAGCUGUUAGAAGAAAAUGGAGAAAGACACUUGGAAGGAGGGGAAAACAACAUUCUGAAAACUUUCAGACACAUCACUCUGGUGAUAUGCUUUUUCCUUCCUAGUUUGCUGCUUUUUUCUGACCUUUACAGCAGGGUGGAAAAGAGUCUUAAAAGUUACUGUAAUGAUUAUGCAGAAAUUCCCACAUUUGUCAGACAAGAUCACAGUGCAUUGAGAUGUUCUCAUGUCAAGAUAAAACUGCACAUAUUUCAGAAUUCAUUGUUAACACAAAAAAGGAGAAAAGCUUGGGAAGGCUUUUCAGAGAGGUUUUCUUUAUUAAUGAAGGAUUUAGCAAGCUAUUCUGUUGUACUGCAAAUGUAUCUCAGGUUUGUCUUCCUAUCAUAUUUGAUAUUUCCAUUAAUAACUUCAAAGAGCAGACAUGUAAGUUCAGAUAACAAAAUAUGAAAUAAUUAGAAGUGUAUGCUUUUAAAGGGCAAUAUCACCUAGAAAGCGAUGGCAUAUCAAGUUUUUGGAAUUUUAUGAUCGGAAUCCUCUCUAGUUAGCCUUCAUGCAAUUUUGUAAACAAAAAAGCAAGCAGUCCAGAGUUUAAAGAUGUAGAUGCCUUCCUAAAUCAUUACAAUGCUUUACCAAAUCUAAGACUUCUACAUAAUACAAACCAGUGGUCAAAUGUAAAUCAUUAGUAUGUUGUAGAUUUACAGUAGAUUUUCAGGCUUUUUUUAAUUUUUAUUUUUUAAGAUUUAUGCAUGCGGACAUUUUUGUAAGGUAACACAACACAAUCAGCUUUUUAAUUAAACAAAAAACAUUGCAUGUCAUAAAUAUUAAGUAGCCUUUUUCAUUUUUAAGGCUGAAUUAAUGCCAAGGAAAAAAGUUGGGGCGGGAGGAGGGGAAGGUGACAGUUUUGGUUUAAAAAUAUUUUUAUUAAUUUCUGCACUAUUUUUCCACAUAUUACAUGCAUGUGUAAUAAUGAGGAAAAUUUUGUGACUUUUAUCAGUAACCAUGUUAACAGAACCAGGUACUUAAUUCUUUUUGUAUCAUUUCUUGAGUUAUUUGUAUUUCCGAUUCAGUAAUGGUUCUAAAACUCCCAUCUCAUUUUUGUUUCAUUUCUUAACUUGAUCAAAAUCCAAGUCGAUUUAAAUUUAUCAGCUAUUACCAGUGAUGCACCUGUGGUAGUACAGGAUGCACAACAAUUACCUGCUCCUGUAUUCUCUGAGGCUGCUUUUUGACUCUCUGAGGAAACAAGGACAAGGGCUAUAAUGAAGCAUUAGAGCAUUAGGUCACAGCAGAAAAAGGGAAGCAGAAGAACAGUAGUGGGGCAGCAUUAGGUGAGCACUUUUCAGGGGAGAUGACACUUUCCCCUUUCCCAUGGUUUAAAAAUUUGUUAAAACACCUCAUAUAUGCAAAUCUUAGUUUAAACUAAUAAAAUUCAGUGGAGUAAAAAUCCUGCAAGGCAGAGCCGUAAUGCUUUGGAAAAUAUUGUGGAUCAAAUCUGCACUUUUUCCUUGCAUCUUGAAUUAUAUGAGCUGUAAUAGUGCCAUAUUUUUUUGCUAUCUGCUGAUUAGAAAAAAAAAACUAUGGUUUUGGAGGCAUUAUUCAUGUUACAGCUUACUUAGCUCCAUUCAUAGAAUAAAAGCUUUAAAUAGCAUAUGUUCCUAGUGCUGGAAACCAAAGCAAAUCAACAGCACUUUCUGCUUCUGAAAGUCUUGAAUGAGGAUUUUUUCUCCAGUUUAAACAUGUUCCUGUUUCUAUAGAGACUCAAAUUGUAAAAUUGUUCUACAAUGGAAAUAUUACCUAAAUCAAUAUAUAAUUAUCUUUCCAAAAACUGAUCAUCUUUCUGCAUGCAUUAGUGAAGGCAUUAAACAAAUUGCAGCAAGCGUGAAAUAAAAGGAGGCAUUUUCAUCUUUGAUAACUUUUGUUUUUGCAAACAUUUUAACAUUAAGGAAGUUUAAUCUUGUCAGAAAUCAUGUUUGAUUUUGUUUGUUAGGGAAGUUCAAGAGUAGCCUACUAGAAAUGUAAUGGGUAUAAGUGGUCCAAAGGAGUAAUAAACAAACUGUCAGAUUGUGGGGGAGAGAGGGAACCUGGUUUAUGCACUAAACGUUUGUGCCUUGGUCUAAAAUUAACAUGAUUUCUGUUUAAAAGAAAGAGGAGCAGAUGUCUUUUUUUGUGCUGUUUCUACAUACAUACUUUACAUAAUCUCAUAUUGCUGAAUUGGUCCUUUCCAGAAAAUCUGAUUGAAUUAAAGCUUACUGUAAACACUUGCUGUCAUACUGAGAUUUCCAUAAUUAAAAUGAACUACAGAAGCUAAGAUUAUUUUGCUCACUGUUGAACUAAGUUCUUUAAAAACCAUAUUAUGAUGGUUCUGUGCUUUUGUACAGUGGAUGUCUUAAACUGAGUACAGUUUAGGAGAUCCUUUCUAAUUCCAGGAAGGUAUUGCUUUCCUCAACACUGUGAUCUGAUCUGUGAUAAAUCUGUGCUAUACACAAGUGGCUAACAAGUCAGUUGCAAACAAACUGAAUGUAUAAAUCUUAGUGCUGGUGCUGAAAUCUCUUCAGAUAGUUGUCAUGAUUUCAAGUUCAUUGUUUAAAAAAGUUUUCAAGCAUCAAGUGUCAAUCAAAACUGAAGAUGAAACACUAAUGAAUGUUGAAUUUUCAUGCAUUUAGGUUUAUCUCCUUUUUAGUUUUUUUCAGUUCAUUCUCUGCUAUUUUUACCAUAUUUGUCAUUUUAAAUUUCUUACAUGCUAACUUUUUGUUUGAGCGAAUGAAAUAAAAUUGCAAUAUAUAUAUAUGUUGCCACCAUUCAUUUGUGGAGUUUGAUAAAUGGUAAAUCUAGAAGAUUCUGUUGUAAUUCCCAAAUGGGUCUUACUGAAAUGUAAAAAAUACCUUUUUAGUCUAUGAUUUUACCACUUGAUGGUUUAUAUAUUGCUGUUCUGUUUAUAAAUUUCAAGGCAUUUUUUUAAAUGCUUGCUCUGCAAAGAAUGUAAUCAAAGGGAAUAUGGAAAAUUAUGAAUGAAAACUAGUGUACAUAAAUUCAAGACAGUUGUAGUCACUCUUGCUUACGUUGACCCCCUUUGUUGGUCUGACUUGGCACAGGCUUUUGCCCUUACGUUCAAGAAAAUGCUGUGAAAAAAAUCUAGAUUGAAUUUUCCCAACUUUUUCUCUGCUGUUUCCCGGUAUAACAAAAUAUUGAAACACUAAUAAUAAAGAAACCC